AUGCUGAAUGCCGUUCUUGAUGGUCGUCGCGUGCUGUCGGCCGAAGAGAGGACCUUUUCGCAAAAAGUGAGGUCCAUGUACAAGUAUGGCGAUGAGAGGGCUGCUGAAUGGACGGCCGCUGGUGAUAUGGACCGAGCAGACACUCCUGAACCACCUACUCCUUCACGCUCUCUUACCAACCCUCGCCGAAGACCCGUCACAAGUCGAAGUGCGAGACCCAUGGAUUUCCACGACCGCUUCAGCUUCAUUCAGAACGAGCACGAAUGCGCAGGUGGUGUUGAAGACUGGGAAGACCUCUCUGGCAAAGACGUCGAUCGCUAUGGCUUCAUCAACCCGAACAAAUUUAUCUCUACCGAAGGCUCGCAAAACUCGUCUGUAAAGCCGAGUCUUCAGCGUGUUACCACAUCACUUCAGCUCUUAUCCAGCAGUCCGCGCAGGCGCAGAGGCUUGAUUAGAGGUCCUUCUAAUGCCAGAUCCUCGCGCUCCCUACCACCUCCUACUCGCACCAACACUCGCACAACUGUCGCUUCAUCUCCAUCUGGUCAUGCAGCCUCCGUAUACUCCUUCCAAUCCAGCCAUUCACAACAUCGCUCUCACAACCCUUUCCGAUCACGCGAUCGCCGCCUGCUUGACGAAGCGAGCGACAUGCUCACAUUGCCCGCCUGUCUCGAUAACCUCGCAGAAGAGGAUGCGCAUGAAACCUUCUUGAGAAGGCGCGAAAUUCAGCGCGAGGAAAAGUGGCGGAGGAUGGCUCGUCUGAUGCCACACGGCGCAAGAGGCGGCGGUAUGAACUUUGAAUUCGAUGUCACGGAUCCGAAACUUGUCGCGCGCACUUGGAAGGGUGUGCCUGACAAAUGGCGCGCAACCGCAUGGCAUGCAUUCUUGUCUGCCUCAGCCAAGCGUCGAGGAGGCUGCCAGACUGACGAAGAGCUUAUCGAGGUCUUCCACGAACUGCAAGAAGAAAGCUCCGCCGAUGAUGUACAGAUCGAUGUCGAUGUUCCUAGAACGAUCAGCAUGCAUAUCAUGUUCCGUCGCAGGUACCGAGGUGGACAGCGUUUGCUUUUCCGUGUCCUCCACGCCAUCUCUGUCCACUUCCCUUCCACUGGAUAUGUCCAAGGUAUGGCUUCGUUGGCCGCGACUUUACUCUGCUACUACGAUGAAGAACACACUUUCAUUAUGCUCGUACGCAUGUGGGAGCUGCGUGGACUCAAGGUACUCUACGAACAUGGUUUCUCGGGUCUCAUGACAACGCUCAAGGAGUUUGAGACCGACUGGCUGGCUAACGACCAAGACCUCAAGGCCAAGCUGGAUGAUUUUGGAAUCGAUGCCAUGACCUAUGGCACCAAAUGGUACCUUACACUCUUUAACCUCAGCAUGCCUUUUCCAGCACAACUACGCGUCUGGGACGUGUUUAUGCUGUUGGGCGAUGCUGACUUCCCUGGCAAUCCACCACCUACUCGUGAAAGCAAAUCUACUUUUGACGGCGCCGACCUGAGUGUUCUGCACGCCACCAGUGCUGCAUUGGUCGAUGCUACCAAGUCUCUCAUUGUCGAAGGCGACUUUGAGAACGCAAUGAAGGUGCUCACUAGUUGGGUACCCGUACGAGACGAAGACAUGCUCAUGCGUGUCGCAAAAGCCGAGUGGAAGAUCCACAUGAAGAAUCGCAGACAUGGCUCUGCUUGA